CCUCACCACAUUCACUCCCGGCAACCCCUCUAGCACCGCUUUGCAGCCUGUAACUACUCGUCUUCUCAUAUACUAGUGUCUCUCUGAGCUCCGGCGCCCGUCCUCCCCCAUCAGCAAUCCCUCCAGCCCUAGGCUCCCACCACCAGCUAUGGCAGGGCUAAAGACCAUCAUUGCGCUUUCAUUCGUCCUAGCAAUCGGUUUCCUGCUUGUUAUCCUCUCGGCCGCCCUCUACCACAACUACCUAACCCUGCUAGUCGUGGCCACUUAUGUGAUCGCGCCGCUACCAAAUUGGAUCUGCGGACGCGCCGCAAACCCCGACGACUUCAUGGAGUCGUCUGGCUCGGGGGUCAUUGAUUUUGGGCGAUUCUUGACAGGCUUCCUUGUCGUUAUGGGGAUCGCUCUUCCAGCGUUACUGUACCACUCAGCGCAGAUUCUAGGCGGCGCCAUGGUCAUGUCGAUUAUUGGUGGUUUACUGAUUUACGGAACCAUCAUUAGCUUCACGCUGUUCUUCCAGGAAGAGCAAGAAUUCUGACUAGGCCAGGAAGGGGAGGAAUGAGGGGAAAGGGUACGAAGAUGUGGAACUCCCGUUAGAAAGACCACCUUCGUCUCGGACGCCGUGUUGCGCUGGAGUGGCACGCUCGGCCUCGUUUAGGCACGGGUUUGUGUGAGAAUUAAUGACUUUGGUCCUGAAGUAUGGAGUACGGAAGGGUUUCUUUUGGAGUGGGAUACUUGUGUAUGAAUAUAGGGCUUAUGUUGCAUUUGUUCUAUUGAAGAUAUAGCACGGCAUAUCCAACUUGUCCAACUGCGAUCGUUGGUGCUGUAAAUGGAUGAUUUGACACAAA